AUGCUAUCAGUAGGUCUCAUCUUGUACUUACCUAUUGAAUUUGUGAUUUUCUAUCCUUAUUUUGAUAAAGAUUGAGACAGCACAACUUGCAUGGUAAGUUCAAUUCAAAGUUUUAAGGUCUUUUCAUGAGAAGAUGCUAACCAAGGUCUUGUUUAUCACAUAGAUUAUAGUUUAUUUGACGUAAAAGUAAGCAUAGACGGAGAAUGGAAGCAAGGUUUCGCUUGUGGCUGCAGCGAUGUUACUGACUUGGUAACAGCAUCCACAGCACUAAAUGGCAAAUAUCCUUAUCAAUUUUCAUUAUGUCGUGAUGAUCGUGAAUGCGGAAAUAUGUAUAUGAUGCCUGCUUGAUACUGCAACGAAUGUACAGAUUGCAAUAAAUAUAUUUCUAGAGGUGCUCAAAAAUGUAAAUAUUAUUUGAGAAAUGGAAAUGAUGUGAUUAGUCAUGCCAAACAAAUCCCAAGUGGGUAUAAGCUAGAUUAUCCAACUGAGCAUUCAACUUAUAUCCAAGUUAUUUUCAGGGAUUCACCGUAUUAUGUUAAAAGUGACUAUAUAGCUAUUCAAGUAGUUAUCUUAGGAGUUGGUGUAUGUAUGCCUGCAUUGAUUGUGAUUAUAGUGCUAAUUCAUUACCUAAUUGCUGGGUUCAAGAAGUGUCUUUAA